ACCCAAUGAACAAGCAAGUGCCCUUGCGGGCCACACACACACUCAAGCCAACCAGCACUCAGACAGACAUGCAGUCCAGCAAGCAUGCACACUUAGUGGCAGGCGGGAAACUCAGCAAGGCAUUCAGUCUAUGGGCAAAACUCAGAAAUCAGUCGUGUGUUUCAGUCCAUGUUUGGACGGGUCAUCACACAUCGGACAAAUCGGCUAUGGCGACACAGAUAGACGAGCGAGAAGUGGGAGCCCUAGCUGCACCGCUUUGUCCUCAACAACGACCACCAGAGGACAAGAUCCUUGGAAACGCAGCAAUCUUGCACUACACGUGGGGAAACCAAAUAAAGCAUGAGAUCCAGACGGGGAAUCAUUCCCCGAUUCACUGCAAACCUUACAAAUAUUCUCUGGUAGAACGGAAAAAGGCUCUCGAGCGGAUUCGAGAAUUUGAAGCAAGUGGUUGGAUCGAACCCGCCACUGGACGGUGGUUGUUUCCGGUAGUAUUAGUACCGAAAAAGAACGGAUCGAUUCGCAUCUGCAUUGAUUAUCGCAAACUGAAUGACAUCACGAUCAAAGAUGUGUAUCCCCUCCUCCGGAUUGAUGAUUUGCUGGAUGCGAUUGGAUGUGCUAAUUACUUCAGUAAGUUUGAUAUUCAGCACAACUUCCAUCACAUUUUGGUUAAGGAGGAAGAUCGGCCGAAGACGGCCUUCGUACUGUUUGAGGGCACGUGGCAGUGGGUUCGGUGUCCGAUGGGGAUUUGCAAUGCGCCGGCCACGUUUCAACGAGCUAUGAAUGUCACGUUCCAGAACUUCGUCAACAAGACGCGGCUCACGCAAGGGAUGAUUAACUUCUGCGUCAUCGUGUACAUGGACGACAUCCUGGUUUAUUCGGAGACCUAUCACGGACACGCGCAGCACAUCGAGUGGACGUUGGGCACUCUGAGAGAUGUCGGAUUCAAGAUUGUGCUCGAAAAGAGCGAAUUUUUCCUUUCGGAAAUUUCGUUCCUAGGCUACGUCGUGACACGUGGAGGAUUGCGGCAUGACUCAAGAAAGGUCGCGGCGCUUGAUUGUCCCAAUAGCAGGUUGCAUCCGGUACACGAUCUGGUGACGAGGUCUGAUCCGGAUAGCAGGUCGCAGACUGACCUUGAUGUCGAUGUCAGAGGUGCUGCUCCAGAAGUCUGCGAGUCCAAGAGGUCGGGUCAAAGAGAACAACAUGGUGGCCAACCAGCUGUCUUAUCUCCUCGUACUGAGCUGCAACAUGCCAUCGUCCUCGUGCGCUUGCCAUUAGAUCCAUUAUCGUCGGCGACGCGCAGGAGCCACAUAGAGAACUUGGGCAAGAGAGGCAAGGAUAUGGCGGAGGACAAAUGGGAGAACAGGGCAAGGCGGAGGCAAGAGCGGAUCAGACAGGGGGGAGGUUCAAGUGGCAAGGGCUUCGCUGGGUACAGGGGUGUGUGUAGAGUAAGAAUGCGGGGUUUUGGCGGGGUCAAGGCGGGGUUUAUGCAAGGGUUUAGUGGCAAAGGUGCAUUUGCUGAGCUUGGCAUAGAAUUUUUGCACUCUGCGGAUAGAGAGGACUUGGCGGAGAUGCUGAAGGUGGGACUCGAAGGUGGGGCUAUAAACAAGGAUAUCAUUGAGGUGAACGACGACACAAACUUCGAGGAGGUCGCAAAAGAUGUGGUUCAUGGUGGAUUGGAAUAUGGCAGGGGCGUUGGUGAGUCCGAAGGGCAUCACGAGGAACUUGUAGUGCCCGAGGCGAGAACGAAAUGCGAUCUUGUGGGUGUCCUCCUCACGUAUGUGGAUCUGGUGGAAGCCACUGCGGAGGUCAAUUUUGGUGAGGUGAAAUAUUUGGCUCCACGAAGGCGAUCAAGAAGCUCCGAGAUCCGAGGUAGGGGGUACUUGUUCUUGAUCGUGAUCCGAUUCAAGGCGCGGUAGUCUGUGCACAUCCGGAGUUCCGAUGUUUCGCCUUUCUUGACGAAAAGGCACCUUGUGCCGAAGGGGAAUGAACUUGGCUUAAUGAA